GACGAAAUUAACCAGUGAGAGAGUGGGAGAGAGUUUUACAAAAAAAAUAAAGAGUGGGAGAGAGAGAGAAAGAGGAGAGAGACGGAGAAAAGACGAAUGCUUCUGAAAUUAUUCUCGAAAUAGCAAUCAAGCACCUCUUCACGCUCUAUUUCAUUGUUUUGUUUCGAUCUUCCUUUUCUUUCUCUUUCUGCUCAUCUGCCAUAGGGUUUUUCCAAGCUCUUUUUUCAGCCUGGGGUGAAGCUAAUGAUGUAUGAAUUCUGUUACGAUUUCUGCUUUGAAAUUCUUCAGUAUAUCCAGGAGGACUGGUGCCUGGAUGAGAUGAAGUGGAGAACUACGAUGAUUCAUACAGAGGCUAGCAAGAACUAGUAUUGAUAUUACUCACCAGUUGUAUUUAUGGCAUCUGCUGCUGGACUAGGACAUGGUGGUGUAGGCAGCUCGAGGACAGCUAACAGCUUCAAGGGAUCAUCUAGUUCAGUUGACUGGUUGGGAAGAGAAAUGCUGGAGAUGAGGUUAAGUGACAGCAGGUUGGACCAGGACGAUGAUAGAGAUAGUGAACCAGAUAUAAUUGAUGGCAUGGGUGCUGAGGCAGGACAUGUUAUAGCAACAACUAUUGGUGGUCGGAAUGGUCAACCGAGACAGACAUUCACUUAUAUAGCGGAACAUGUGGUUGGAACUGGUUCCUUUGGUGUUGUUUUCCAGGCCAAAUGUAGAGAAACUGGAGAAAUCGUUGCUAUAAAGAAGGUACUCCAAGACAAGCGCUACAAGAAUAGGGAGUUACAGAUCAUGCAAAUGCUGGAUCAUCCUAAUAUUGUCGCCCUUAAGCAUUGCUUCUUUUCAACAACAGAUAGGGAAGAGCUUUACCUAAAUCUUGUGCUUGAGUUUGUCCCCGAGACUGUUAAUCGUAUUUCAAGGCACUACAAUAGGAUCAACCAGCGAAUGCCCUUGAUAUAUGUCAAACUCUACACUUACCAGAUUUGCAGGGCGCUUGCUUACAUACAUAAUUGUGUCGGCAUUUGUCAUCGUGAUAUUAAGCCUCAGAACUUACUUGUCAAUCCGCAUACACAUCAGCUGAAACUUUGCGACUUCGGAAGUGCAAAAGUAUUGGUCAAAGGAGAACCUAAUAUUUCAUACAUUUGUUCAAGAUAUUAUCGUGCCCCUGAGCUCAUCUUUGGUGCAACCGAAUACACAACUGCAAUAGAUAUCUGGUCUACAGGUUGUGUAAUGGCUGAAUUACUCCUUGGACAGCCAUUGUUUCCUGGAGAAAGUGGGGUCGAUCAACUAGUUGAGAUCAUCAAGGUUUUGGGGACACCGACUAGGGAGGAGAUAAAGUGCAUGAACCCAAAUUAUACAGAAUUUAAGUUCCCACAAAUAAAAGCUCAUCCAUGGCACAAGGUUUUCCAGAAGCGCUUACCCCCAGAAGCUGUUGACGUGGUCUCUAGGUUCCUUCAGUACUCCCCUAAUCUGCGAUGCACUGCUUUAGAAGCAUGCAGUCAUCCUUUCUUUGAUGAGUUAAGAGACCCAAACACUCGCCUGCCUAAUGGACGUCCUCUUCCUCCCCUUUUCAAUUUCAAACCACAAGGUAGUGAAUAUUUCAAUGCCUAGUCUUAAGCUCAUAUGUCUGUUUGGUAAGACGGCUUCUACUACCCAUGUAUAACCAAGGGCUGGAAUCUGCUGGAAUGUUUUAGGUUUUAUUACAGGGGUCAGCUUGGAAUACUUCAAAACUUAGCCUCACCAUUUUAAUAUCAACAUUGGACUUACCAACGUGAUAACUAGGAAAACAAAUGUUGGGUGGGUGGUGAGCUCUAGAAGCGUCUACCUUCUAGAAAAAGGUUAAUGCUUCUUUUGGUGGGAAUUCUUCUGUGUGCAAAGCAUGUCUCAAAUAGCAUUUAGUGAUAUGUUAACAAAGUAGGUUUACUCAAGAAUAUAGUGCAAAGUCAGUUGGAAGUGAGCAAGGAUCAAGGUAAGAGAGAAGAAAAGAGAAGGGGGGAAGUAAGAGGAAGAGAGAAGAGAGGGAAUAGACCCUUCCCACCUAUAUUGAUUUGCUAAAUGAUCAGAGGAAUUACAUACCAGGUCCCUAGGGAGGUAAAAAAGGAAAAAUUCAAUAUAAGACAAAUAAGAUAAUAAUCCAAAUUACAUAAACUCUAACACUCUCUCUUAAGCUAGAGAAUAAUGUCAUACAUUCCUAGCUUGCACAAGAGAGUAUUGAACGAGUGAGAGAUGAGCCCUUUGGUGCAGAUAUCUGCCAAUUAAUCACCUAUCUUCACAAUGGGAGUGCAAAUGUAACCUGAGUCUAUCUUCUCCUAGAUGAAAUGUCUUUCUACUUCAAUGUGCUUUGUUCUAUCAAGUUGCACGUGAUUGUGAGCAAUACUUAUAAUGGCCUUGUUAACACAAUAGAGCUUCAUAGAUCCCUUAGUGUCAAAUAAAGCCGCAUAGAUCCCUCAAUGUCAAAUUCCAACUUCUGGAUCAACCGUCUCAGCCAUUGGUGUUCACAUUGCUCUAUGAGCCAUUAUCCAAAAUUUUGCCUUUGCACUAGAUUUGGAUCGAGAGAAAUAUCAAGAAAUGGUCCCCCAACUCUUGAUCUUUUCAACUGAUUUGGGACACCAUCUCUUUUGUCAUUAGGAACAAGCUUUCCUCCAUAUCCUCCAGCUGUAUUGAUUCCCCAAGGAACAGGCCAUGUUGUUGUUUUCUAGGGUAGCCCCUCCAUUUUGCAGGCCUUCCUCUCUUGAGGGUCUUACCUUUGUCUAUUUGAUGUAAUUUUUUUUUCUUUUCCCCUUUUGGGGCCUCUUGUUUCUUUUUCUCUUUGGUAAUGAAUUA